AUGUACGCAAUCGACCUGGCCACAAACUCUCGUCAACUUCAGUCCAAAGUUGAUCAAAUUGUUUCGGAAACUGUCAGUCCUCGGCACGACUUUAUGCAGAAGCAGUGGGACUCGAUCGGUUUACUGUUACUGAAAGGUGUUCUGUCUGACCCGAGCAGGUGUGGAAGCAACGCGAGUAUGGCUAUCAGAGUUAUCGGCACUCUCAACGGCCUCCAUCAGGUGCAAACACUGACUGACAACGUUGUCAAAGCAUUAGUGACAAAGCUCAGGCGUAUGGAUAGCAAUUCUAUGACGAUUAGUCUAGUAUUCCACAGAUAUCUCAAGAUUAAAAAGGACAAUGCGGCAUUAAUUGCCGGUAAGCUCAAGCAACUCGACAUCUUCGACGAUGUCGACAAUUUCAACGUGUCCCAGAGUGACUUGGUCAAUGAGUCCAAAGAGCUCAAGAGAAAGAUAGACGAGUUCUCGGAAGACUGGGAGACAAAUCCUGAUGAGAUUUUAGAAGAAUUUGGAAAAUAUGACAGCGACUCGAUGACGGCUGACGUUGGGAAAAGCAUUGCUUUCAUAGAGAGUUUCUAUGCGAAAUUUGUCGAAAUUGAUUUAGAGUCGUUCAGCACGAUGAUGAAGUCUGUGUCGGACCAAAUAGCCGAACAGUUGAUACGGGUGAUGGACUCGCAACUGUUGCAGCCGUGGUCAACAAUGGCUGUGAGUAACCUCACUGCCGCGGGUUCCAAGCGACUGCCGCCCUACUGCUUCGUGGAUGAAGAGCAAAAUUCAGACAGUCACAAGGCAGAUCAGAAGAAGUACGAAGAACUUAAGGAAAAAAAGGAUUUGACACCGGCCGAGAGGUCGUUUAUGGCUAACUACGGCAGAUUUAGAACGUUUAAAGAGCAGAUCAAAUACAACGGCAUUGAUUAUUGCGAGGCGUACAGUCAGUGUGAAAUGGCCUACCAUGCAGACCAAGAUGGUGGCCACCAUGGCCAGGGCACGCCGGACGCGAAUGUUAAACAAAUCGCGGAUGGUGUUCGGGCCGGCGGACCGGCCAAUCUUGCCACAAUGAUAGCAAUGGCUGAAGGAAACGGAGUCAACUUGAAAGUGGUGGACGAUGAACGUUACGUCAGGACGCAGGAAGACAUUGACAACGGGGUUCAAGUGAUGUACGUGAAACAUGGUCCGAAUGACGAGGUUGGUCACGAUUAUUACAUGAACAGCAACGGUCAGUUCAGUGCAGCACCGUCAGCAGGCUACGACUCCGCGUUUGCUGCCUUCAGUAAAAUUCUAGAAAGUAACGGGAUCAGCAAAUCUGUCAGUGAUCUCCGAGUUCAAGCAGCUGACCAUAUAGAAUCGAAUUCCGCAAGAUAUUUGAAAGUGCUUCCUGCUAAAAAUUGGAUUAGGAAGACGAAUCCUGAUUCGGCCAACAAAAUAUUAUUCACUGCCGGAUUGUACAGAGAUGAUGCUGGGGUAUUAAGAGUAGAACCUGGUGAUGCUGUUGCCCUUGCCGAUGCAAUAAGUAAAAAAAAUGAGCAUCCUCGUGGUGGAAAGUUUGCCAAAAUAUUUAAGAAUGCGAUUCCUCCUAAUGACCCCAACUCACCAACAGAGAAAACUCUAUAUCAUAUAAUUCCAAAUAACGAACUUGAAGCCGCUGUUCUGGUUCACGACACAAGACAGGCUGGUGACACUGACGCCGUAGCAGAAAGGAGGCACCACCUGCGAGGGAUGACAACCCAGAACUUCAUUAAGACCGGUUUUGAACAGGGCACCUACUCAGUGCUGCUAGUGCCGCGUGUUCUCACAGCAGAGGGCGCACAGCGCUCUGGUGUCUAUAUGCACAAGGAUGAACUGCAUCUAGAUGAAAUCAAAUGGUUUGAGGACAUGGACUUGGGAAGAGACAGAGUUCUGAUCCCGACUCUGAAAACAUCUAGUUACGGUGAUUACGUACUCCACGUUGGACUGAUCGACACUAAGUAUUUCGAGUCCAGGGAACAACUAGAUUCUCUGUAUUCCAAGGACUGGCAGGACGCUGAGCCGUGCUAUCCAGACGCCACAGUUACAACCGUCGAGCAAGUUUCGUUUCGGGAAGCACUGAAACUAAUGACCGUCGACAUUUGGUGCAACAUGGAAUAUUUUUUGGCCAAUCGGGACGAGAUGGAAAAGGAUUUAGGUCGCAAGUUGCCUAAUCUGGAUUUGGACGAUAAGGAUUUGUUGAAGCAGUUGGAAGACGAACUAUUUCAUAAACAAUCUGUGAAGAUUUUCGGUCGAGAAGAAGGCGAUGAUGAAAAGUCUGCAGUGACCUUCACAGACUUCCGUCAUUUGUUUUUUGAUGGGAAGGAAAGGCACCACCUGCGAGGGAUGGCAACCCAGAACUUCAUUAAGACCGGUUUUGAACAGGGCACCUACUCAGUGCUGCUAGUGCCGCGUGUUCUCACAGCAGAGGGCGCACAGCGCUCUGGUGUCUAUGUGCACAAGGAUGGACUGCAUCUAGAUGAAAUCAAAUGGUUUGAGGACAUGGACUGGGGAAGGGACAGAGUUCUGAUGCCGACUCUGAAAACAUCUAGUUACGGUGAUUACGUACUCCACGUUGGACUGAUCGACACUAAGUAUUUCGAGUCCAGGGAACAACUAGAUUCUCUGUAUUCCAAGGACUGGCAGGACGCUGAGCCGUGCUAUCCAGACGCCACAGUUACAACCGUCGAGCAAGUUUCGUUUCGGGAAGCACUGAAACUAAUGACCAUCGACAUUUGGUGCGACAUGGAUUAUCUUUUGGCCAAUCGGGACGAGAUGGAAAAGGAUUUAGGUCGCAAGUUGAAUAAUCUGGAUUUGGACGAUAAGGAUUUGUUGAAGCAGUUGGAAGACGAACUAUUUUAUAAACAAUCUGUGAAGAUUUUCGGUCGAGAAGAAGGCGAUGAUGAAAAGUCUGCAGUGACCUUUACAGACUUCCGUCAUUUGUUUUUUGAUGGGAACGAAAGGAAUCACCUGCGAGGGAUGGCAACCCAGAACAUCAUUAAGACCGGUUUUGAACAGGGCACCUACUCAGUGCUGCUAGUGCCGCGUGUUCUCACAGCAGAGGGCGCACAGCGCUCUGGUGUCUAUGUGCACAAGGAUGGACUGCAUCUAGAUGAAAUCAAAUGGUUUGAGGACAUGGACUGGGGAAGGGACAGAGUUCUGAUGCCGACUCUGAAAACAUCUAGUUACGGUGAUUACGUACUCCACGUUGGACUGAUCGACACUAAGUAUUUCGAGUCCAGGGAACAACUAGAUUCUCUGUAUUCCAAGGACUGGCAGGACGCUGAGCCGUGCUAUCCAGACGCCACAGUUACAACCGUCGAGCAAGUUUCGUUUCGGGAAGCACUGAAACUAAUGACCGUCGACAUUUGGUGCGACAUGGAUUAUCUUUUGGCCAAUCGGGACGAGAUGGAAAAGGAUUUAGGUCGCAAGUUGCCUAAUCUGGAUUUGGACGAUAAGGAUUUGUUGAAGCAGUUGGAAGACGAACUAUUUUAUAAACAAUCUGUGAAGAUUUUCGGUCGAGAAGAAGGCGAUGAUGAAAAGUCUGCAGUGACCUUCACAGACUUCCGUCAUUUGUUUUUUGAUGGGAACGAAAGGUUUGGGACUGCCAGGCAUGGGAAACACUACGUGGUUUUCUUUCACGUCACGGGCUGA